AAGAACAAUUAUUUAAAAAAUGAAUAUAGAUCGAUGCAGUCUAUAUUUCAAGAAAAAGGAUAGAGACCGCGUUUGACCGUCCAAGAAGAUCAUCGUGGAAAAUUGGAAACACAUUUUCAACAGCAGGUGCAAAUAAAAAAAUAAUAAUAAAUGAACAGGUGAUAAAGGGACAACGUGGGUGGAUAAGGAGAGGCCAGUAAACGAAGUGGGGGCGGGAGAUGGACGGCGGAUGGACGAAGCAGCAGAGUUUGAACAGAUCUAGGGAGAGGAUGGAUGGAUGGAUGGAUGGAUGGAUGGACGGAAAGAAGCCAACAGUUGCACCUAGAACACAAGCAAAUAAUAAUGAGAAAACUAAUUGCACCUACAUCCGCGUGCGACUCUGAAUUCCCUCCAUGAAAUGUUGACCGCUACCUCCCUGCAGUGCUUUGUCCUUUCCGCCUGCCCAGCGCACAACGCCACUUAUAUAUUAUUAGUUCUAAAUAAAUUAUAAAAUGCGUCGUCCCGAUGUAUUGACGUAUAGACUCAAAUUUGUUCGCGCACGCAACAGCCGCUAGUGGAACAAAAAUACUGAAAUAAUACGUAUAUAUAGUAGCACAUAUCCCGUUCUCCCCGCAUAAUAUACCUAUAUAACUUACAAGUCGAGGCACGAGUAGAGGCUGUCGCCGAAACAAUCAAUCAUUGAGCUGAGUUGGUAAUUAUAUAUAUGGCGGGUCUACAGCGGUCGAGCGAGACGUUUCGGAGGUCGGGAUCGUCGGGGCUGGUGUGGGAGGACCGAUUCCUGCCGGGGGAGGCGGAUUCGGGCGGCGGCGGCAACAACAACAACAACAGCAGCAACAACAACAAGGGGGCCCGUGGUCAGGAGGAGCGGGCGGCGUCGUCCUCGGCGUCCGUGGAGCGCACCCGAUCCAACGGCGGCUAUCGGACGGGUCGGGUCUCUCCGGCUCUGGACCCGCCCUCCCCCAAGGUCUCCGUCUGCGGCUUCUGCACCUUCUUCGGGAAGCCCCGCCCCAACUCCGACGCCAACAGCCGCCGCCGCCGCCGCCGCUAGCUGCUCUCUCUUCAGUGAUUUUGGGCUCGAUUCCUCCACCUCCCCCCUCCCACCUUUUUUUCCUUUUUCUUUUCUUUUUUUUUCUUUUUUUUGAGAAAAUUUUCCUUUUCC